UUUUGCUUUUGAAACAAAGUAAUUCGAAAUUAAAAGUAAAAGGGGUGGGUCCCUCUGAACUAUUUUCUUCUUCCUUUGACGAUGCUUGAGUGACUUUACUUUGAGCUAGCUGCUUCUGAACGAAUUCCCUGGUAGCUUAUCAGAUUUCAACUCAUAAGAUGUCCUACAAUCAGUCAAGACCCGACAGAAGCGAUAGUCAAUACCGGAGAACUGGGCGAUCUACCGGCUACCAUCAGCAGCAGCAACAACCUCACCAAUCUUCCCCCACUGCUUACGUUGGAACCGGAGCUGUGACCGACGUUGAUUUUUCCUUGUCCUCUAAUCGAAGAAGUUUAAAGAAGCCUCAAAGACGGCAUCAGACUAGGGUGAAUCCACCACCUGUGAGUCAUCCAGUUCCUAACAAGCACAGUGGUCCCUAUGUACAGUCUCGCUCUCAAGUUGUAGUAGCCUCUGGUGUACCGGCCAAUUCAUCUAGUGGAGCUAUUCCAAAGGCUCCAACUUCGCAGUCUCCCACAGCUGAAGCCCCUGGAGAUCCUUUUAAAGCAUCUGCUUUCCGAUUUGCGUCACUUGGUCCUGACUUAAUGAAGAUUUCAGCACCUCCGAAUAUGGAUAAGCAGAAGCGUGCACAGGUGAAAGCUUGGGUACCUAAAAAGGAUUUACGGAAUAAGGCUGCAGAUAAGAAGAAAGAGGGGAACAGUCCAUCAACUAUGCAUUUAGGUGGCCCCAAUAUGCCAAUGCAGCCUCCCAAUGUGGCUCCAAGCUCGUUUCAGAUUCCAAUGGCAUUAUCUAUGGGAAAUUCACCUCAGAUCCAGCAGCAGGUGUUUUUUCAAGGCCUCCCAUCACAUCCCAUGCAUCAGGCUCAGGGACAUGGUUUUGCAACUCCUAUGGGUGCUCAGAUUCAUCCUCAGUUGGGCCAAGUGGGUGUGGGUGCGUCUCCGCAUACUCCUCCUAUGCAGGUGAUGCACAAAGCCGAGAGAAAAUACCAAGUAGGUGCAGUUGCAGAUGAAGAACAAGCAAAACAAAGGCAGUUAAAGGGCAUCUUGGAAAAGUUGACCCCGCAAAACUUUGAGAAACUGUUGGAGCAAUUUAAAAGUGUCAACAUCGACAACGCUGCUACGCUUAUUGGUUUAGUCUCACAGAUAUUUGACAAAGCCUUGAUGGAGCCUACCUUCUGUGAGAUGUAUGCAGAUUUAUGUCUUCAUCUGUCUGGGUCAUUACCUGGUUUUAAUUUAAAUUGGUAUGGUAAAGAGAUUACUUUCAAAAGAUUGCUUCUCAAUAAAUGUCAGAUGGAAUUUGAGAGAGGAGAGAAAGAAGAGGAGGAAGCCAAUAGAGUUCCUGAAGAAGGACAAACCGAGGAGGAGAGACUCAAGGUUCGGAGGAGAAGGCUCGGUAAUAUUAGACUUAUUGGUGAGUUAUACAAGAGAAGGAUAAUGCCUGAGAAAAUUAUGCACCAUUGCAUCCAGGAGUUGCUCGGCGUAUAUGAUCAGGUGGAUCCACAUGAAGAGAACAUAGAAGCUCUGUGUAAACUAGUGAGUACGAUAGGACUUGUGAUCGAUCACGGCAAAGCUAAGGUCCUUAUGGAUAAACAUUUUGAGAAAAUGAAAAUGCUAUCAUGCAAACAAGAAUUGUCUUCUAGGGCCAGAUUCAUGUUAGUUAAUGUCAUCGGUCUGAGAAAGAAUAAAUGGCAAAAGAGAAUGAAAGUUGAAGGACCAAUUCCGGAAACAGUCGGAAAUAAAGAUUCUUGCGUCUUUGUCAAGGAAAGAAAUGAAAGCAUGGAUAUCAAUGGGUUUCAUGUCUUGUCUUCACAAGUAGAAUCUGUGAGGCGUCUGUUUGAGAGACAUCCAGACAUUGCAAUAGGUUUCCGUGCAAAGAACCAGCUUCUGAGGAAUUCUUGCAUGAAUUCCCUUCUCAGCUUAAUCGAGACACUGUGUCAACCACUUGAAGAUCUCUCCAAUGAAGAUCUUGUCGAAGCAGACAUCGCACUGGCUUAUGUGAAAGAUUUAGGCUUUAGAGUGGAUUGGUUGGACGAGAAGCUAGACCAAGUAAAAGAAAAGAAGAAGAAAGAGGUGUCUGGUUUCGCCAUGCUUCAAGAAACAGAGGAAAGUUUACUGAAGCUGAAGCGAAAGUGUGCAGAGCUUGAGGCUCUAGCUGAGGAGCAGAAGGCCGAGUUGUCGGCCACCAGAACUCCUCUGUCAUUCGACGAUGUUGUUUGAUGACUUGAACAGCUCAAGCUGAGCUCUUAAGACAUUUGGUUUUCUACUAUCUAAGUUUCUUUGUUGGUUGUCAAAAUAAGAGAUCAUCUUGGCUUUAGUAAGUGUAGUUUUGAGUCAGAGUUUCAUUAUGUUUGCCUA